UUGAAAACGAGGUAUCAAAGUCAGGACUUCGUCAAGACCUAUGCUUCAUCCCCGGGAAGCAAAGCGCCGCUUUUUCGCGGCCUCUACCAAGGCAUCGGGAGCGUUGUCCUUGCAACACUGCCGGCGGCGGGCAUCUUCUUCGCAACGUACGAGAGCAUGAAAAAGACCAUCUCCAGCGCGGGCUCAAUCCCGCAGCCCCUGGUCCACGCCUCGGCGUCGGCCGUCGCGGAGAUGGGAUCAUGCCUGGUCCUCGCGCCGGCCGAAGUCAUCAAGCAGAACGCGCAGAUGUUGCGACGACAGGGUGCCGGCCCCGGUACGGGAUCCGCCAGCCGGUCGACUUCACUCGAAGCCUUCCGCCAGGUCGCCGGCUCCGGGGCGCGGAGGAGGCUGUUCUCGGGGUACACGGCGCUGGUGGCGCGCAACCUGCCGUUCACAGCGAUACAGUUCCCGAUCUUCGAGCAUGUCCGGACGACGGUCUGGGAAUCGAGGACACGAGGGAGAGGGGACGGGGAGGAGCAGGGUCUGCUCGAGACGGGGGUGGUCACUGGAGCGAGCGCGGGAAGUGCUGGGGCGUUUGCGGCGUGGAUCACGACGCCGAGCGACGUGGUCAAGACGCGGAUGAUGCUGAGCGCGGGCGAUAAGGCAUCGGAGCAGCAGCAGAAGGGACGGGACGAAUCGAGACGGGUGGAAAAGCGACGAGGCAGUUUGGAGGUGACGCGCGACGUAUACCGGCAGAACGGGGUUCGCGGGCUCUUCCGUGGCGGGUUGUUGCGAGCCGCAUGGACGGCGGUCGGGAGCGGGCUGUAUCUCGGGACGUACGAGAUGUCGAAGGUCUGGCUCACGCGCGGCAAGGACGAAUCGGAGGUCGUCGGGGGGUUGUGA